AUGGACUUGACGCAGCUGCUGCUCGGCCUCGCCCUCCUGCUCUCCCCGGUGUGGAGCUGUAAGACGGGCCGCUGCUUUGAGGACCAGGACCUGGAGGAGGCUGCGGAGAAGAGGCUGCGGACGCACUACGCUCAUCACCUGGAGCUGUCGCCUGCAGCGGCGGCGGCGGACUCUCCUGCCUCCUGCCCGGUGGAGCUGUACCAGCAGCGGCCUCUGGAGCUCAGUGACCGGUCCGUGUCGCCCUGGAGAUACGUGAUUAAACCCAUGAAGGAUCACUUCCCCUCCACCUACGCUGAGGCCCAGUGCCUGUGCUCAGGCUGCAUCCUGAUCCAGGGCAAGAAUCCUCCCAGGGAGAGUCUGGACUACAACUCCGUGCCCGUGCUGCAGAGCCGCGUGUUCCUGAGGAGGGAGCUCUGCAGCGACGGGAAGAGGUACCACCUGAAGCCCGUCACCGUGGAGGUCGCUGUGGGCUGCACCUGCGCCAGGGUCAAGUCCUCCUAGGAGCUGCCACGAGGAAACGCCACACUCGGCCCCGACCCUGAACACACUACUGUCUAUUUAUUUAAAGCCACCAAGUUCUCUCAGCGGUCGGACGUCCUGCUGUGAUUGGUGGACACGCCGACCUCCACACGCGGCUGGAGGUCAAAUGCAUGUUAUUUAUUAUCAGUGAGGAAGUGAUGAUGGAUGCGUGUGUGAUGUUGUAGGUCUUUGUGGACCCGUCUUCUCUUUAUCAUGCACUUGUUUUCAUAUUGAUGACCUCGUCAUCGAAGAAAAUGGCUAUUGUAUAGUUCUAUAAAACUAAUAAUUUAACAGCUAAUAUUUUAAUAAUAAUCUAUUUAUUUGUUUUGCACUUGUUGGAGCAACUGAAGGUUAAAAAUUCUCAUGAAUGAAUGAGGAGGAUUUUCUAUUUAUUUAUGUGGCACAUCCUGUAGGUUUGGUCCCAGUGGGACUUUGAGUCUGUCACAGACGAGAAUGUGAAGCUUCUUUGAAGCAGAAGGAAUAAAAAUGUUGCUUAUUUAA